AAUUUUUUAUUUAUUAAUUUAGCGAAGGCUGUCACAUUUUCAGUUUUGACAUGACAGGCACAGGUUACGGGGUAAAAAGAUCAAACUUAUGUUUCAAAAACAUUCAUCGACGCACUCGACUAAAUUGAAAGAGCGAGAUUUGAUCCAUAAAAGAAUUACGGACCUCGCUGAAUUGCAGAGAAUCUACGAGUUUGGUGAGAUUUUAGGGAAAGGAAGCUUCGGUACUGUCGUUAAAGCGAGUCACAAAGGGUCGGGGCUCAAUUGGGCAGUUAAAAUUAUCAAUAAGUCUCAAGCUGGUGCCUCCAGAAUAAUGCUCGUCGAACGGGAAAUCCAUAUUCUCAAGUUGGUCGAUCAUCCGAACAUAAUCCUCCUCGACCGCGUUUUUGAAUCGCCGAAGACAAUUUAUUUAAUAUUUGAGCUUUGCACGGGGUCGUUAGCAAAAACUUUCAAAGUGAAGAAACGCUUCGAAGAAAAGGAAACAUUGACUGUUAUUCGUAGCUUGGCUGGUGCCCUUUCCUACCUACACAAAAACGACAUCGUUCACCGUGAUCUGAAGUUGGAAAAUAUUCUGAUCGCUGCGAACCCGCAAAAUCCGGACGACGAUUUACAUAUAAAAGUAACGGACUUUGGGCUUAGUGCGGUGCGGGGCGGUACGGGAUACGAAACCAUGCUGCAUGAUUGUUGCGGCACGCUUACUUACAUGGCGCCAGAAAUGAUCUCCACUAAAUCUUAUAGCCAGCAGUGUGACGUUUGGUCCAUGGGAAUUAUAAUGUACGUCCUGCUCGUUGGGAAGUUUCCAUUUUAUUCUACGAACGAUCAGCACCUCCAUAUGCUCGUUAAAACACAAGAGCUUGAUCUUUCCGGUUUAUCUUGCUCAGAAGGAGCAAAGCAUUUGUUAAGCAAAAUGCUUCAGAAAAAUCCGGCGUUUCGCAUGACCGCAGCUGAGGUUGAAAAUCACCCUUGGAUAGCCGGUACUCACUCGAUACUCGAAGCUCACUCUUCGAACGUCCUUGACAUGAUGAGAAUGUGGAGGACGGAAAUGAUGGAAACGCCAGAUCGGGAAAAUUCAAACAAUACAGAACAGAUUUCGCGAGCGGACAAUUCUGUGGGGUUGAUUGCUGCCGGAGUGCAGGAUGAGCUUACUCGCGUAGCUGCGGGGCGAAAGUCCUCGAGAAUAACUCUUAGCAGUGAGAAAUCUGCGAAGGACUCGCUCUACAGCAAGUACAAAUUUUGGGAAUCCGCGAAACCAUCGACGGCUGCCAACUCCAACUUGGGAAGAGUUUCGGAAACCGAAAUAUCCGCUGGACAGACGGUCCAAGACUCCGGUCCCACCACCACCUCCGACGUCCGUAAGGACGCCGUCGGUCAAACUGUAUCGUAUGUAUAUUGGUGA